AUGGCUACUACCGAAGAAUCUACCCCAGUUACUCCUCAAUCGGAAAGCGCAAGUAUGGCGGCCCAGAAAAUCUGCAUCCCUGAACUUUUGGAGAUGAUUCUUCUACAGCUGGAUAUGCGCACUUUGCUCAUAUCUGCUCAAAGAGUCUGUCGUGCAUGGCACACCCUCAUCAAAGACUCUAGCUCUCUCCAGACUUUACUGUUCUUCAAACCAGCGACCGAACCGUUCACGGCCGAGCUAAGGGCAAGGGCAAUUACCGAGGAUAACCCACUGCUUUCCUAUCUGUGGCAUGAAUUCUGGCAAAAGAGAGUGUCCACCUCGUCUGUUAGUCUCGAAUUACCUCAACUUGAUCCACAAAGAGAGAAAGUGUUCCUCCGAGAAGAAGCAAGCUGGAGACAAAUGCUACUCCGGCAGCCGCCAGUUUCGUUAAUGUCAGUUGUUGGAUACGGCAACACUUACAGGGCUCCACAAGGAUCAACGCUUUGGUUUAAGGCGGAAGACAAAUUUAUGAGGUUGGGGUAUCUAUACUCGGAGAUGUCGAGGCUGUCCCUAAUUCCUGGGCGAGAUCUUCGCACGUUUUGGGAGUGCGACCUCAUCAAUAAGUACGAAGAAAAAUGGAAGAAUGAGGGUCGUAAUUUCCAGUUAUUUACCAUACGACGCAUUUGUAAUAUAUUGUCAUGAUAUCCAGGGAAUAACUGGAGAGCCUUAUUGGCACGGGCUCUUAGUGAGUGACCUAGAGCUAUGGCUAGGAAUCGAGCUUGGAGCUUAUGUGGGCAAGAGCAUCCGCCGC